UCAGAAGAAGAAGCUAAGUGUUCGACUAGUGGAUCUGUGGAGGCGAGAAGGAACUUACGAAGUUUUCAUCAAUAACCAACUUAGGGGUACAGUGGCGAAGGAAGAAUGCCAAGUAAGCUAAAGAAGGCAAUUGGCGCAGUUAAAGAUCAAACAAGCAUUAGCCUUGCUAAGGUUGCAAGUAACAAUUCUUCUUCUCUAGAAGUUGCGGUGCUAAAAGCCACAACCCAUGAUGAUAUCCCUAUUGAUGAUAGAUAUGUGUACGAAAUCUUGCAGCUGGUUUCGUCCAACAAAUUUUAUGCUGCGUCUUGUGCUCGUGCGAUUGGUAAACGCAUAGGCAGAACGCGUAAUUGGGUUGUUGCAUUAAAGUCUUUGAUGCUUGUUCUUCGAAUCUUUCAAGAUGGCGAUCCUUAUUUCCCACGAGAAGUUCUUCAUGCAAUGAAAAGGGGUGCCAAGAUUCUUAAUCUAUCAACCUUCAGAGAUGAUUCGAAUUCAAGCCCUUGGGAUUUCACGGCCUUUGUUCGCACUUUUGCCCUUUAUCUAGAUGAGCGUUUAGAUUGCUUCCUUACGGGAAAGCUUCAACGUAGAUAUACCCAGCGGGAUAGGGAAAGUUGGAGCUACCACCGGAACAAGAGGCCUAAGGAACCUGUUGGUGACAUGAAACCAGCAAUGUUACUUGAUAGAAUCUCUUAUUGGCAGCGAUUACUUGAACGAGCCAUAGCCACACGACCAACUGGUGCGGCCAAGAUGAAUCGUUUGGUAAAGAUAUGUCUUUAUGCCAUAGUGCAAGAAAGCUUCGACUUAUACAAAGACAUUUCUGAUGGACUCGCCCUUCUUCUCGAUAGUUUCUUUCAUCUACAUUACCAGAAUUGUGUUAGCGCGUUUCAAGCUUGUAUCAAGGCUACGAGUCAAUUUGAAGAACUCAGUGGAUUCUAUAGUUUAUGUAAAAGUAUGGGCGUUGGGAGGACAUCAGAAUAUCCAAGUAUCCAGGCAAUAUCUGAGGAGUUGAUCGAAACAUUGCAAGAAUUUUUGAAAGACCAUUCUUCAUUUCCUACGAACUCUAAGUCCCCUGACCGGCCUUUGCCUCUCCCUGCACCACCACCAAAUGCUGACCAAAAGCUUAGGCGGCAUGACACCUCAGGUGGACAGUCUGAAUACUCCGCCACCAACGAUCGAUUUUCUGAGCAAACUUUCGAGUACAGUUCCCAAGGUACAUCCUUGGAAGACUUGAUUAGUGCUACAGAAAUAGGGAGGAGGCCAUCAAUCUCAAUCGAUCUAGAGGCUUAUUCAGAUCAGUUUGAGAAGCGAACACAACAGGAUGAUGCAUUCAGAGUAAGUGAAUUGGGUUCAAGCCAUUCAUUACCCGUGUCAAAUUCAAUGACUGAUCUCGUUUCAUUAAACGAUUGGUCAGAUCCAGAUGAGAAGGAAUGCAAGCAAGAUCAAGAACAUGAACAAAAGCCAAAGCCCUCAGAGUCUACUACUUCCAUGAUAGAUUGGGAGAUUGAUAUAACCGAGACAUUAUCAGCAUCGCUAGACGUACCCUCCAAUAAUGCUGCCAACAACUUCAAUGCCUUUCCCGAACAAGAAUUGGCACAAACAGAAGAGAACAAUGCUUCAGUAGAUCAUUCAAGAAAUCAUUGGGAGCUUGUACAAUUUACGGAAACAACGGAACCACAAGCCAUUCAGCCACUACAAAACAAUAACAGCUUAUCAGCCACUUCCUUAGACAGUUUGUAUAACCAAAGCACAUUGCCAUCAAACCACUAUAACCCCUUCCUUCAAGAUGUUUUCGAAUUUCCAGUGGCAGCAACUAUGCCUGAGGUGGCUAUCCCAACUACUGCCACCAUACCAGAGGUCGGUGCCACCAACAUGCAAGUUGCCGCUCAAAUCGCAAACAUAUUUUCAUCAGCACCUACAUUUUCAGCUCAAAAUCCUAACGAGGUAUCAUUUGCAGCACAAAUCGAGAAUGAUCCAUUCGCGCCAUAUUCGAGUACUACAUUUUCCAAUGAUCAGAUGUUUAAUAGUACCAUGAGUCAACAGAAUUUGCUUCAAGAACAACAAUUAUGGUUGCAAAACCAAAACAAGAUCAUAGCAAAACACAUGGUCUAAAUAUAAAUUGCUAUAUAAAGCCAUGUAAUAGUGAAUGUUUGUUAGUUCAUUCUUUAGAUUCCUCGUGGGUUGAAAUGGUAAUUGGUAACUUUUACACA